UCUUAUUAAUGUUUGUUGAUGAUAAAUCACUUGUUUUCAUAAACUGAGCGAUUGAUUUUAACAAGUAUAUCUUUUAGUUUUAUAUUGUUAUUGUGAAAUCUUUUUUAAGCUGAAAAUCGUAGCAAUGUUAUUAGUAGUGAUAAAAAUUAAAAAAUAACAAAAAUUUAAAUGCCUCUGCCCUUGUAUUUGAGAUCAAAUCCUAGAUCAGCAAUGAUGGAUGAAUUCUCCGAGUCGUCCGAUGUAUCCGUUGUUGAUGUCUAUGAUAUCGCUUCGGAAAUCGGCAAAGAAUGCGAGAAACUCAUCGAUUCAUAUGGCAGUGAUUCUAUUACGAAUCUUAUGCCUAAAGUGAUCAAUGCUCUUGAGCUACUUGAGAAUUUAGCGACUAAGAAUGAGCGUGAGAACACAACGGUCCAAGAACUUAGGGCUAAAAUUUCUCAACUCGAAUUGGACAAAAUUGGCAAAGCAGAAGAUCGACAACGUUUCGAAAAAGAAUUAGAACAGAUUGAAGAACAUUGGAGACAAGAAUCUCGUGAUUUAUUGGAGAUGGUUACCAGAUUGCAGGAAGAAAAUAGACGAUUAGCAGCUACUGUACAAGAAACUCGAACUGACAGCGGCGAUGGCGAUAAACAAACUUUUACAGCAAGUCAAGAAGUUGAUAUUGCGGUUUUACAACGUCUGAGAACGAUGAUUGAUAAACAAAGAGAACAAAUUAGAAAUCGUGACAGAGAACUUUCUCAAAAAGAUGCAGAAAUGGAAAAUUUAUCCAAUCAAGUAGACAAAUUAAGUGUUGUUGGGAGAGAAUUAAAGCGAAAACAAAGACAAGCUCAAAUGCAAGCAAGGGGCCUAGUAGAAGAACGAGCAGAUUUUUUAGCACAAUUACAAGAUCAAAAUCGAGAACUUAUUAAUCUUCGAGCGAGGCUCGGGCUUGCACGAAAAGAAAAUGAGGAUCUAUCAAAAUCUCAAGGUUAUCUAGACUUAACUAAUAAAGUAAUUUAUGACUUGGAUGAUCCAGACAGGCCGAGAUUUACAACGUUGGAACUUAAAGAAAUUUUACAUGAAAGAAAUGAGCUAAAAGCAAGGGUUUCCGAUUUAGAAGAUGAGUUAGAGUUAUAUCGACCAAAACCAGAAUGGAUUCAGGAUGACAAAGAUGCUCCCGUUCAAGGUCCAUUACCUUAUGAACCAGAUGAUGCUCCAUGGAAAAAAGCUUCUGAAUCAGGUAUACGAAAAUUUUUUAGAAAAAUUUUCUCAGAAACAGGUGGCAGUUUUUUAGGUGGUAGCAGUCCCCGUCGAAGUCUUUCUAAUUUAUCAAAAAUGGCUCUUUCAGGAAAUAGUAGUGGUGAAACUUCUAUUUAAUCUUUUGUUAAAUCAAGAAAUCUUUUUAAAUGCCAAACGAAAGAAAAGAUUGAAUAAUAUUCCAUGUAAUACUUUACUAAGAAAUGAACGUCUAAUUUCUACGUUUAGUUGUAUUUGUAACUAAAAUGUAAUUUGAAAAUAUGUACACCAGUUGCAAAUAACAAUUGU